UAGUACAAAAUUAAAAACCGGGGAAUCUUUGUCGAAACGACAGAAGAAAAAGGCGGAGAAGAGGCGAGUAUGGGUUGAGUCCAAGGCGGAGCGGCGGAAGGAAGAGAAAGAACGGCGGAAGAAGAAGAUGGCUCGGGUUGCAGAGGAGCGGGGAGGGUUUCCAGAAUCUAGAUCGUCGGCUAGAAAACGAAUUAAAAAGGAACAAGUUCCUAUGAGUGAAAGUGAGUGCAAAAUUGGAGUUAUCUUUGACAUGCAGUUUGAUCAUUUAAUGCAUCAGAGAGAUUUAGGGAAAUGUAUCAAGCAGAUUCUUCGCUGCUACAGUAACAACAGACGAUUAAAG